AACUGAACGUGUGUGAUUGUUUGAGAUCUGCAAACUGGGGAUGGAAAUUUGCAAAGCACCAAUUUUGCCAAAAAAUACCCGGUGUAUCCAUAGAAACUAGGCAUUUAUUUAGAUCAUUAUGGAGUAUUGGGACGAUGGAAGAUGUGUAUUGGAAGGAAGUCUCAUUUAACGACAGUGUAGAUGGUAAUAACGAGGUAUGAUUGACAAAGGAGCAAUCUGCUGCCGGUAACUGUUCAUUUCGUGAAAAUGUAAUAUAAAAAAAAUUGUGUUCUGACAUGCAAUGUAAUAUUUUUGAUUCACACGAGGGAGCAGCAGACAUGACUUUGCUAAAUACAUGUACAUGAGUUGGUACUGAUCGUAAUCAUUGCAGUGACGAAGAGACAAAUUAGUGUGCUCAUUUUUCCUCUGAUCAUCUGUUUUACGGUUUUUGCCUGCCAUUUUGUGAACGCCUACAUUUAGAAUUUCUUUUUCUCCAAGCACAGGGCCAAUUUCAACCAAACUUAGUACAGAGUAUCCUUGGAUAAAGGGAAUUUAAAAGGGUGUUCAAAUGAAGAAUAAUUUAAAUUAUGAAGUAAAAAUGGUGGCCUCUCCAGUCCACUGAACCAGAAGACAUAACUUGUGUGAAAGCUUUCCUAAUGAGUAGGUUCAAAUCGUCCCCAUCCGAGGUAGGACGGGACCACAACAGGGGCUCAAAGUAACACAUUAAAAGUGUUUGUCAAAAGCGAUAUAUAUGUUAUAUAUUUAUAGGUCUCCUCCCAUAUGUUGUUCAGAAGAUUGUGGAAUUUAUCAAUCGGGAUGUUAUCCAUUGCUUUAUUAGCCUCCGGAGUGACGUUAUAAUGUCCCACCCUUCAGGGUGUGAGUAAAAUGGGUUUCAAUAGGUUUGUAGGAAAAAAUCCUAAAAUAUUCCCAAGGACAGGGUCAGGAUUGGGCAUGUUUUCAAAACAUUCAAGCAUUUCAAUGUACAUAGUGCAGAUUCAUAUUUAAUCAAAUUACGGCCCCUAGGGGCUAAAAUAGAGAUUCAAAAUUUUACAAAAGAAUAUCUACAGAAUAUUUAAAAGAUCGUUUCAAGAUUGAACGGGUCACACUAAAUCAUACUAAUAUGCAAACAUCCCCAAGUUGUGGGGCCAUAAUUUAGAGUGUUUACAAUUCUGAAGAACAACAGGACUGAGGUGAGCGGUGUGGUCCAUGGGCCUCUUUCCUCAGUUCACGUUUAUUACUGAAAUUUAGGUGAAAAUUCACAUUUAUUAUUGCUCUAGGGAGGGGUAAUGUAUCAACUUUUUAGGGAUUUCAUGUGUGUACUUUUGCAACAAAACGACGCCAUUUUUAUUUUCAUACCAACCCACGCAUCCAUCCAUUACUUUGUGUCCUGGGGGCGUCUAAAUUUAAAAAAAAUGAUAAUUCUUACUCGGCGAUACCUUGAAGACAAAUCUCUGUUUACAGUCAUAAUAAGCAAGAAUUCUGAUGAAACUUUCAAAAUGUAGGCGAAUUUUAGGUAUUGUUUGUAUAGGGAUAAGCUUUAGAAUUUCUAUGACUGAUCAUGACGUAAAAUAUCCUUUAAUAAUCCAUUUCUGAUCAGGUAGACUGAGAGGGUGUGCAAGUUUACGCAUUAACAAUUAUGCAACCCUUGAGAAUGAUUUAAAAAUAAAGUGUAAUUGAUUGUUUAUUAAAUAAUCGAUCCUAGAGGAUUACUUUACCUAUUCCACAAGCUUAUUGAAGACACAGGACAAACAAAAGUACUUGUCAAGUGAGGAAAGGGGUGGAGGUCGGGUCAGACGAAAUAAUAGACGAUAUAAACUCGGACAUAGAAAUUUAAUAUAUAUAUAUAUAUAUAUAUAUAUAUAUACUAACAUUUGUUGAAUUCUGUAAAUAUUUACCCUACUCGUUCAAUUCAGUGUAACAACUUCAAGUUUUAAAACAUAAUAAAAUGUUUGAUAAAUAUUGAGCUUUAAAACACUUGGUUUACAAUUGUAAAAUAUUUUGAUAAUUUUCCCCAUUCAUUGUACUUGUAGCAUGGGCAUGCGUGAAUAAAAUGAAAAAUAUUAAUUCUUCCAUUUCACAGAGAAUGCAAUAUUGACACAAAUUAUUCUUUCAAGAAACCACUGUGUGGAUCCUUUUCAAUAAAUAUUGCGAUGAAAUUCGGAACAUAACUCUGGGUCUUUUAUAUAUAGGGCUACCGAAUUAUAAUUGAUUUUGUCAAGUACUAGAAUUCAUAGUAUAGUGUUGAGAAUAACAUUCACUAUGAGUACUAUAGCAAUAUAUUCUAUAAGUACUAUAGUAACAUUGAAGACUAACAUUAUAUCCUCUAACUACACUGGAAUUUGCCAACAUAAAUCUAAAACGGACUAAAACAAAGUGAAGAUAACUCUUUCUUAACACGAACAUUUCCCAACUAUGUAUUCAUAAAAAGAUUUUUUGAUGAACUUUACCCCCCACCCCACCCCACCCCCUCUCCAGCUCUCUUUGAUUUUUUUUGUAUGUACCUUGCAAGUUCAAGAAGACUGAUUGAAGCUAGGGUUAUAGCUCAUAUCAUCUUGUACAUGUAUCACAUUAAAAAAUAAUAAUAAUAGAAUAUUACGAAUGUAUUUAAUUUCUCAAGACAAUGGAGGGAACUGGCGAACGAAAUAAUUUGUCAAUUUUCAAUAAUACAUGUAUAUUGAAAUUUAGCGAAAAAUGUCAACUUUAUAAUAAUGACAGUCACGAUGUUUUAUGUUAUAUUUCAAAAAUAUAGACUAUAGAAAUUAUAGUAAAACAAACAUAUAUAUAUGUACAUGUGAAAUUGAAUGUGGUGAUUUCUCGAUGACUGUUUUCCAUUAUCUUUGUAAUCGAUCCAGACCUCUACUCCUUAAAACAUGUUUGGAAUUUUAAUAUUUUGCCUCGGUAUGUUUGAAUAAAAAAAAUCACAUUUCUAAAACGUAUUCACUAUUUGGAAGCAUGAAUAUUCAAACUAAGAUAUCAAUAUCAUGAAUAUUGUAACAAUUUUAAAGAUUUAAAUUGUAGUAUCCCCACCCCGCCCCAUGCUAGCAAAGAACACAUAACACACUAAAAUGUAUUGUUUUGAAUACAUGUUUAUUACAUUAUUUACUUCUUGUAAAAACUUAUUUAUAUAUAUCCCAAGAUAUAAUAUAGGCCCACGGCGGGUGUGACCGGUCAACAAGGGAUGCUUACUCUUUCUAGGUGCUUGAUUUCACCUCUUGUAUGUACAGGAUCCGGGUUUGUCCUUCUCUUAAUGUUGUAUUCUUUGUAGGAGUACUGGAUCUCCACUUGUACAUCCAGUGACGGAUCCAGGAUUUUGAAAGGGGGGCAUGUGAAAGUCAAGUAUUAGACAAUAUACUCAGCCAUUUUGAGUUCCAAAUCUAGAGUUUUCAUCGAUGUACAUGUAUUGGUAAUGCCUUGUAAAUUCGUGGCGAAAGGGGGGGGGGGGUUAUUUUUCAUAUACACGCAUCUUUGCUAGUUUCUGUCAUCUGACACCGGUAUAUUAUAUACAAGACAAUUUUUAUUGUCUAAUCAAGGACCCCGGAAGGCAUUUUGACAUAGACAAGAGGAUAUUUUUAAAACAUUGUUCAGAACAAAGUGUGAAAUUGUCAUAAUCAUCAAUGCACAGUAAAUCCACAACAGAAUAAACAUUCAAACAAGCAUAUGCAGUAAAACAAAUAAUCAGGUUACUCUCUGUCCCAUGACAAUAAUGAUGACAGUAAUCAAAUUCAUGCUGUACAUUUGAUAAAUCUACUUACAAAUUGUUCUUUUUUUUGCUUUCGAAAAAUGAAUUUCCCAACUAAGCAAAAAACUUCUUUGCUUUUAUCAUUAAAAAUCCACACUAGUUUUUCAGCAGGUGCUAUAAAAGAAAAUAAAUUAAUUGACUUUUGGUACAGUUUUCCAUUAAAUGUAUUAAGUAUUCUCCUCUAGAAUUAUUUUCAAAUGUAACAUAGAUUUUCAAAUUUGCCAUUUUGUUUCCAUUUUCUUAUGUAAUAUAUCUUAGAAAUAGUAAUUAUAAAUGUCAGGUCAAAGUAAGAAUUUAAAAACGUGAAUGCUGUGACAUAUUCAGAAAAAUAAUGCACAUAUUUAUUACUUUGGGAUAGAAAUCAUCGGGAUCGGUAUACAAAAUAUAGGGCACCUUGUUACGGAGUUAUCUCUCCUGUUCCCUCGCGACUGCGUAAACAGGUGGAUAUUUUUAUAUUUAUGUGGUAGCAAGAUUGCAAGAAUAAACAAGUAGGCAAACGGGAAACAUACAUUUAAUCUGCGGAUAAGUUAUGCAUGCUACAGGUAUGUAGAUUGUAGUCUUUUCUCUCGGCUUACUUAUUCAAAUUAUUUGUUUUUACAUGAAAUACAGAUUGUUCGAAAUGACCCCUAUAUAAACCUGAGACGUAUGUAACAUUUACUGACGCUUGUAACACUUAAGCAGUGAUACGCACCUCAUAAUUUAUGACCAGUGUACUAGAUUUCUCUCUCUCCCAUUUUCAGCGAAUAGUCUUUCCUGAGUAUUUUGGUACUGUAUCUAUAUGUAAUGUAAUUUGAAGAUGUUGAGUGUCUCGAUGUCUUGUGGUUCUGACGCACUAAUAUGUUGACACUAUGUUAACCUGUGAGACAAUUACUUCUCUGUGAUUUGGAAUGACUGCGUGUGAGCGACUCCAACAUGGAGUUCUCAGUCAGGUAAUAUGAGUGAGCGUGCCCAGUCGACAGUGCUCCCUCCAUCGUCUGCAACUUCCCACGGGAAAAUCAGGACUGAAAACUCCGAAUUACUCAAUCUUUUGCGUCAAAAGACAAGUGACAGUAGUGGUCAUAUUAAUCGCACACCCAGUAGGCAAUCGUUACACCACGCUGCUGAUAAUAACCUCACACGGCCACAGGCUUCUGCAGGGAGAAGGUUGGUAGAUGUUGAUAAUAAUUUGCAAGUAAGCACUGCACCAAGCCAAUUAGAGCCCCCAGCACAACCAAAUGUAGACCCUGCUUUAACUAAUACAGAGACUGCCAGAGAUAUAGAAGACAACGUAGAGAGUCAUUCAGAUUCGCAAAUUAUUGUUCCACCAUUAAAUUUAGAAACAAAUAGAAACAGUGAAGCUUAUUACAGUUCCAGUGCCAAUCAGACUGCCAAGGAUAAUGGACAAUUAACAACUGAUUCAGAUCUUGUUAAGUCAGGUGUAGAAAGAAACAAAUAUUUACACGAAAUACUUGUAGACCCAUCACAGAACCUUCCUCAAGUAGAUGUUUCUAGUGAUCCAACUUUGCAUGUUAGUAGAAAAAAUAGUGUGUCGUCUGUGAAAUCACAUCUUAGUAAUACCAGUGCACCUGUUUUGAGUUCUAGAAGUGUUGCUUUGCAUGGUGACGGAAAUAAUAACUCAGUAUUACAUGAUCACAAAACUGAAGAAACUGUACAAAACGAUUCUGGGAAUUCAGAAAACAAGACAGCCUCUUUUCAGGAUCUUCAGACAGCAAGGUCUGGCAAUUUUGAGGUUAAUCCGACACAGCGUAGCUUAGUGCUUGAUUCUGCUUUGCAUGUGUUACCUACACCAGAACAAUCUGCACCUGUAACUGGCCGUCAGACUUAUGAUGUACCAUCACCAAUAUCCACACAAAUUCCAAAUAUAGAUUCAUUGUCCAAUUUCAGUAAUCCAGACGACAGGGAGGAGAAACCAGUGCCGAGGAGCAGAUCCAGUAAACAAGGUAGCACCCUUACUUCUCGUAGCAUUCCAGUACCAGGACAGGGGGCCAUCUCACCGCGACAGUCAGCCACCACCAGACUUACAGGCUCUCGUGACCAGAGUGCAACAGCCAGGAGCAGCAGUGGUGUAUACGCCGUUGCUAAUCCAGCAGUUCUUGUUGCUCAAGGAAUAACUCCAGCACCCAAUCAACAGAGUGUACAAUUCACACCAAGACCACAACCUAGAUCAAAACAAGAAAGUUUUGUUGAUUCUCUAGAAGCUCCAAGCAAAGAAACAGGUGAAGUUGACAAAAGAGACGAAACAAAAGAUAGAAAGAAGAGUGCUGUUUCCUUCAGAGACGGCAGAGAUCAGGUGAAUUCUCAGCCAAUCAACGACCCAUAUACCGGGGCAGAGAGCCCGACUCCUGGAAGUGAACCAGACUGGGAUUCUCCAAGAGUGCAGGAUAGACUUCCAACUCCUCAUCCCACUUCUGACAACUACCGCUUCUCUCCAACUCAACCUGUGUGGGAGAAAGAGGAGCAAGAGGAACAGAAAAGUUUGCAGACUUUGGAUAUAUCAGAACCAACUAAAUCUUCAACAGAGGCUCCUAACGACCAUAGUAACAGAAGUGAAUCCCCGAGCACUGCAUUGUCACCAACUCCACUAGACGAGAACGACAGAAAGGUUGAUUCCGCUCUACCUAUCCCUGGUGGAAGUGCAAGUUCUGAGGCUCGAGUUGCUAGAACCGACUCUCUACCUACUGUUCAGAAGGUUUACGUUGAUUCACCAACUUUCACCAGAGAGGAGGAAGACGAAUAUAGAUUUGUUGAAAGUCGCCUUGGCGAAAUUCAAGAUGAUGUAGAGGAGACUCUCAGAAAAUUAGACGAAGAAACCGAAAAACAACGUAAAAUCAGAAAACAGUUAGAGGAACAAAUGGCAACAAUGUAUGCACCAGCUUAUGAAGACCAAGGAAAUGUUCAACCUUACAGCCGAAAUACUCAGUAUGGAGAACCUCCAAGGGGGAAUAUGGGAUCAUACAGUAACAUACGAAAUCAAGAGGAUAGAUCGUAUCAAGAACCAAGGAGGGAGAAUAUGGGGUCUUACAGUACACUGAGAAAUGAAGAGAAAAAUUCAUAUGGAGCACCCAGACGAGAAAGCAUGGGAUCUUACACUAAUGGCCGAAAUGAUGAUAGGAACCCUUAUACAGAACAAAGAAGGGAAAAUAUGGGCUCUUAUGCAUCUGUUCGAAAUGACGACAGACAAUCCUAUGGUGAUCCACGUCGAGAAAAUAUGGGUUCAUACGCAUCUCUCAGAAAUGAUGACAGACAAUCUUAUGGUGAUCCACGACGUGAAAAUAUGGGUUCAUAUACGUCUCUGCGAAAUGAUGAUAGAAAUUCUUAUGGUGAUCCACGACGUGAAAAUAUGGGUUCAUACACGUCUCUACGAAAUGAUGAUAGAAAUUCUUAUGGCGAACCGAGAAGGGAAAAUAUUGGAUCUUACCCAUCUGUGAAAAAUGAGGAUCGGAAUUCCUACGGCGAACGAAAUACCAAUGGUGCAUAUCAACCUGCUAGAAACGAAGAUAGACAAUCGUAUGAUGAACCUAGAAGGGAUGAUAUGGAUUCAUACACAUCUGUGCAACCUGAUGAUAGAAAGUCUAAUGGAGUGCCAAACCGUGAAAACAUGGGCUCAUACUCCAACGUUCAUCAGGAAAAUGGUUAUAACCAGGGUACUUAUAACCCACCUCCUCGUCAGCCCGAGUCUUAUGGACAAAACGAGGUUGUUGAGAAUCAAGGAUACGGUGGGAGAGGACGGGAUGACGAUCGUUACGAGGACAGGGAUUUUGAUCCCCAGGGGAACAGGAACAGAUUCGAAAAUCAGGACCAGCAGCCGGAAUCUGAGAGGUACAAUCCACCAUCACACGUACAGAACAUGAACUACGAACCUCACGAUGAAGAUUUGAGGAGAGAAGCCGAGUAUCAGGAGGGGCUGAAAAUGAGAAUAUCCGAGUCAGGGAAGAAGGACAUGGAGAUCCAGAUCCCGCGUCUUCCCUUAGAGAGUGAGCAAUUUCGAGAUUCUCUGGAAGAAGACAAUUUCAGAGAUUGGGAUAACCCUCCUCCCAAUCCUUUCGCAAAUGAAGGAGGCAUUCCUCAUCAGCAGGAAAAACACGAGCAUUUGGAAAAACACGAGCAUUUUGAGGAAUCCAAGGUGCCACCCUUUGUGGAUGAAAAUGAUACCGCACGAAUGGAAUUUCUUCACCCCAAAUCUCCACGGUAUGAUUUUAUUGAAAUGAAUAAAAUUGACUAUGGAAAACCCCAUGAAAAAAGUUACCGUGAAAUAAAACAUGUUCGGGAAGAGGAAUCUAAAAAACUUGAAAAAGUAUUCAUUCAUCCACGGCUACCUCAAAAGAAGAAGCCUGUGAAACCAGGUUUAAAAUCUGCCCCAAGUAAGUUUCAAGUGAACUCCCCUAUUGAGGAGAUGGAUCCCGAAGACCCGGCCCAGGCACUGUGGGCAAAACGUUCUGCUCAAUUGAAAAAGAAGGACACUAAGUCAUCGUCGGGACACAGUAACAAACACAAAGGUCUUCAACGGAAUCAGAGUGACUCACGUCUUGUACGGCCUGCAGGACAAGGGGGCACAUUUACUUACAAAAAUAACAGUCAGGUUGUGUACGGCUCCCCUACUCGUAAUCACUUCCUUGAGCCGAUGGAAAACCGUCCCGCGCCCCCUCACAUUCCUAGAGCAGAACCUCAGUACACUACAAACUCUGAACCCAUUAAUUUCCCUGACCGUCAAAGUGAUCAUCAAUCUCCCCCAUUAAGAUCUCGCCCCCUCGAUUUAAAACCCAUUACCCAGGAAAUAGUGACGGAAGACGGACAGAGAAUAAGUGUGGACAUUAAUUUAAAGGUGCUCAGUCCGCCUCCCGGAAGUGGAACCGUGGCACCCCAUACGCUUCAAGCGGAAGUUCAUCCCAAAGAUGUGAACAGACGACCGACUGGGAUGCAGUAUCAGAUGGAGGAAAAUUACCCCUCACCUGAGCAGGACCCCCAGCAACAUCACAACUACAACCAGAUCCUGUCUCCGCCUCCCGAAAAUGAAACCAGGGUGCCCCCUGUGAUUCCAGUGGAAGGUUUAUCCAAAAAUCCGAACAGACGACGGCAUGAGAUGGGAAAUAGCUACCACUCACAUAAGCUAGACCGCCACCAACAGUACAACCACAGCCAGUUUCAGUAUUAUGAUGCGUACCCACGAUAUAAUCAAUAUUACCCAGAUGACACGCGAUAUGACCAGGAGAACGUGGUUCCGGGAGGAGGAGAACAGGUUCAACAUUCCGAUGAUACGUACCGGAUGUCACCAUACUCCAAGGUCCCGCCGAUAAAUCUUACGGAAGAGGAACUAGAUCGACAACUAGGUAGUCGAGCGGAGCUGGAACAGAACGGCUACACAGCGAUGUACAAACAAUAUAAAAACAAACCCCAGGGAGAAAAGCCGUGGUACCAGGUAUACACCAUUAAGGACUAUCGGAAGAUGAAGAACGAGGUCAGAUUGACCCAAGCACCUCUCGGACCUGACCUAGACAACGAGACCUACAAGGAAAAGCUGGAGAAGAGACACAAACAGUUUGAGUACGCCCGGAUGGUGAUGGAAAAGAAUCGCCAGCAACUGGAUGUCAAGAAACCUCCUGCACAUCCUAAAAAAGAGGAGGAAAAACCCACCAAGCGGAAAACAGUAAGUAACACUUGGAUCACAGAACAAACGUCGUCCGAGGGAGUAGGCCCGAGGCCCAAACACUUUGUGGAAAGAUCUAAUAAACGACAAGCAGCAAUAGAUUAUUCCAAAAAUAUUCCAAAACCUAACGUCAAACCAAGGCCGAACCAGUACAACUCGUACGAGGUCGCGGCACAGCUGUCCCCUGCCGCUAAAAGGAGUGGUCCUCCCUCACCCACCCAAACUGUUGACGUCAUAGACCUGCAGAAACUCAAAAAUAGACACGACCAGGAAAAGCAGAACGUGGCUUCCAUCCGACAGAACAUGGAGACCGUGCCCCAGAAGGCGUAAUGCUCUCCCCGUGGGCCCAGUUUUUCUUCAAUGAAAAUACCUGUAUCAUGACGUUAUGGUGCAUUAUGGACUCGUAUCAUAUCAUCGUAUUUGCAUUCUAAACGGAAAGGGUUAUGCUUAUGUUCAAAGUUGAUUUGCAUCUUGUUUAUUGAUUUAUAUUACUACAUGUAGUAUGUUUUAUAUGCAGAGUUCACUUUCAUUUCGCGAUGAAUACUUUUGAUAUGCAUGUAUCACAUUUUGUUUGCAUAGAGAAGUGUAUAGGUUUUCUCUUAUUCGGGUUGCUGUAUCGCGAAUAUAAGGUAAUGUAGGAUCGGGGCUUGAGAAUUGUGCCCCACCAAACACAGGUAAUGUAGGGCCUGGUUUGGAGAAAUGUGCCCCACAAAACACGGGCAAUGUAGGGCUGAGGUUGGAGUGUGUGCGCCCACCAAACAGUCGAGUUAUUGGAGCGUGUCCCACUAAUGAGACCACACGCUUCUACAUUUUUAUAUGCCUUUUAUGAAUAAGUCCAUAUGUACAAAGAUUACACGCCUACCGUAUUUAAUGUUGCCAAAGAGAAUUCUGUGAUAAUUUAUUAAGUGGUUGUUGUGCAUUGUUUAGAGGGAAUGGUUAUCCCUACCUUAAUAGUGUAGAUAAAGAAGAUAUAACGUAUUUAUUAUAGAUUUUAUUUUGUACCAGAGCACCGUGUAGAGAUCGCUGGUAUAUGAUGUAUUAAAUGCUUUGUUUGUAGUAGAACUUGCUAACGGCAAGAAAUUAUAUUGAUGUUUACUGUAUUAUGUGAAAAUUUGAGACAAUUCAGGUUCUCAUAUAUUCUUUUGAUAUUCAGAGAACUUUUUCAGAAAUUGUUGCUAUAGGCAUGUUAUCAAGAGUUUCUUAAUGAUUUUACAGAAGUCCUCGCUGUUUUCUGAAUUAUUGACAAACACUUCUUCGUGUCUGAAUGUGAAACAAAAGACUCAUCAUUAGUCAUACGAGUAUAUAUAUUGAAGAUGUGUCCAUUUGAGACUAAACAGCAUUCUUCAGACAAAGCGUUGUUACUUCAGACCAACCCUAGAAACAUUUCGUCCUUGGAUAACCUCGAUACCCCCCGGAACAAUUUUGCCCACCCAUUACGGAAAUCUAUUAUUUUUCGUGUAUAACUGCAAAUGGUUAUUGUGUAUGCUUAUUGAUGCAUUGCAGAAAUAUAUAUAUAUUUUUCAUGUACGACAUUUAUAAUCAACAUUGUAAUUAUAUAGGUAUUACGUUUAAGGUUGUUAAAGAUACAUCAUGUAGUGUGUUAGUCAGGAAAUACCCAUAUUGACAAUAGAUCCACCUGUUUGUUAUGUGUCACAGAUCCUGCAUCGUAGUUUCACCAGUACCCCAGUGUCUGUUCAUCCUUAUUCUUCGUUAUUAUUUAUUCCAGAUUAAUGUCUUUAUUGUUUAAUUAGAAUUCCAUUAACUGGUAUACCUUGAACAUGUGUGGUGUAAUUAAAGUCUAACAUCUA